CGUGUGUACGGGUCAUUGGAGGGAGCUGCCUCUCACGUGAUCAGCAUGUUAUCAAUCACUCCUCACAUAUCAUCAGCUGUCAUACUCGAAUGUUAUUGACUGGGGAAAGGGACCUUGAGAGAUUAUGACCAGCGGUCACGUGGGUGUCACGUGGUUAUUGUCAUCCAUUUAUGUGUCGGGGCUGUCAAAUACAACAUUCGUUUAACCACCAGUCACCUGCUUCUGCCAUCAGAUAUGAUGUAUCGGGGGGAGGGUAGGGACAAAUGUGACAUCUGAAGCAGGUGACAGAUCGCGAAAAACAUGCGCUGGGAGGGCCGGCUGUUACACGAGAUGAGUAUUGUCUUCCUCCUUCUCUCCUUCCUUCACCCACACGCACGAACAGGUAGACACAGUGCCGGCAAAUGUCACGGUCAGUAGAGCACAUCCCAACUACUGUGACUUGACUUGUUAACCACUUCUAUACCUUGUGUAGUGUGUAUAGUAAACAAAGUAUCUGGCUUUUGUGAGAUUGACUCUACUCUAUGGUUGGUAUGGAAACACAUUCCUGUGGACAACAUCCUCAUGUUGUUCAAUAUGGUUCGGCUAUGUGGAGUGAGUGUGUGGAAUUGUUGUAGUUGCGAUGUCGUAGAUGAAAAUCAGGGGUGCGCUCUUUUUAAAAAAAUUUUUUUUAAAUAUCAGUAAGAUAGCAAUAAAUGUCAGUAUUGUAAAGUAUACUUUGGAGCAAAGAAGUCCUGUAGUAAAUAAAUCAUCUCUUGAUGUAACCAAGAUCAUCCCGGACUUAAAGCAGACCAAAGUGUGUCACAAAAAAAAAAAAAAAAAUCACAGCAGACCCUGACACCAUGACACACCAUGACACAUCAUCGCUGUUACACGACACUCACAGUUGCGAGCUAUCUCGUGACCCCAUUGUGACCUCCGUAAGUCCCUAGCAAAGUGCGUUUCGUGGUUCCUUUAUUCCGGAGAGAGAGAGAAGGAAUCAAGAUACGGAAGCAGGCGAGUGGACGGACACUGGCUUCACGGGCAGCGCCUCGCUUACACUCUCCCGGUUACGCAAGAGAGACAACUCGGCGCCAGUUCUUCCCCUUCCUCGCCGCACGACUUCUGCCUGCUUGGUUUCCUUGGUUUCCAAGAAGCAGGGGAGAUAACGGGCUCGUCCCCCUCCCCCAAGCGCUAUCAGCGCCACUUUAGAGACAAACACAGAUCGUCAUUGCCUGGCUGUCCGCAAGAUGGCAGCACUCACGGCGCUGGCCGUGGCAUCGCGCUGCUCUCUCCGCCUCUACAUCACCUUCAUCGCUGGCUCUGUCGUCAUCGCCUCUGUCGUCAAUGAAAACGGACUGAAAUGGGGGGCCUUCCAGGGCCACGAUCACGUGCUGGAGGUGGAAUGUUCUGGAGAGACUCUGGCCUCUGACAAGGACCUGCUGUCCAUGGUGCUGUACAGCGCACGAGACAAUAAAGUGUUGGCCACGGUCAACCUCAAGACCAGGGAGUGCGCCACCUCCGACAGAUUCUCGUCCUGCGUCUUUGACGAGCGAGACUCGCACAGGACCCGCCUGAGGGCGCUAGUGCUGGAUAUAGCGGAGGGCGAGACCUGGCCCUUUGGAUGCAACCUGACCACCUUCAAGACUGCUGAUGGAGCCAUCUUCGUCUCCUGGACGGCGGUGGCCGUCAAGUCCAAAACGACAACCACCACCACACAGUCCACGACAACAACGUCGACCACCACCUUACCACCGGAACCGGCCACCCCGCCUCCCCGUGCUUCGGGGGUUAAAAGCAAACUGCAAGAGUUUCAGCUUCCAGUCAGCGUCAUCAUCAUCGGUCUCGUCCUCCUCAUCUUCUUCGCCGCUCUCUGCGUCAUCCUCAUCAUCCUGCAGUGUCGAGGCAGGAGGCGGCGGCGGUCAAGGGCAGCUAACCGCGAGUCGUUGCUGUCGGCCAGGAAUGAGCCCGUUGGAGGGGGUGGGUACCGAACCACCCGCAGCACAACCACUUUCCCUGCCCCGGGCAUGCCACCCGACGGCUCGGGGGGCAACCUGGCCAUGCGCUAUCAAAAGUCGAUUCCAGACACAGGUUACGUCUCGGGCUCCAGUGUGUACUACUCGGAGCCGUAUGGGACGCUGGACGACGAGAUGAAGGAGCGGCUACGCCCCAACCCCCGCAUGUGUCACAUCCCCUACGACAUCAAAGGCGGCCCCCUCGACCCUCACGCUCAGGCGCCCGAGCACUCGGCUUGAUGACGUCACAGCCGCUCGGCCUCACGCUUUUGCCUACGUCAGCGGUUGCCAUGGCUGCCUGCGUGCUUGCAGUUUCUUUGCCUCUUGUGAGAGUCGUGGUAGUGCCAGUCGCUGCCACCCCGAGUGCGUGGCGAGUUUGUGAAUGUGUGUGUGUGUGAUUGUGUGUGAGUUCGAGAGGUAGUGUGUUUGUCGAGGGAUGAGGGAGGGGUCAGUUCACGCAUUUGUACAAGUCGCCAUCUCCCAUGCCUGGUACACCUUUUGCUUUCCAUUGUCGAUGUUUUAAUCAACAAUGCCCACCGUUCUCACUUUACCACCAAAAUGAAAGAAUGAGUCCAGUUGUUUCGCUGUUGAAUGUCCAUUCAAAUAAAAGUAGAAAUGUACCCAAACAUAUUUUUUUUUUCGUUCGCGAGAACCCCAUUGCCCCCUGCUCCCAUUGUAGCCUCAUAACCGCUGAAUUAUUGUUGAGCGCUUUCUGAUGUGAGUGGUUGUACAGAGCAAGGCUGAGUAUUGUUGAGGGCUGCUUCUCUCUAUCGUUCGUAACCCCACCCCACCCGAUUCUCAUCAGACAUGUCACUUGAAGGCUGCUAUUUUUGGGUGUGUUGUCAUCAACAGAUGAUGUUUUCGAAAUGGCAUAUUGGGUUGAUUGUUUGUCCAACGACAGUUUCAAUAAAAGUGACUAGAACAGCGAGCAGACGGUUUAACAAGUGACUAGACCUUGCUGCAUCCAAGGAUCUUUUUUUUCUAGCAUCAUUUUCUUUUCUUUUUUCCCCAUCCAACCCUACCCCCUAAAACUCCCAAAGGAACCCCCCACACAAGCAUUGUCAGUGUAUUUCUGCUUGUGGUCAGGUAGCAGCAACAGAGCUAACAGAGUGCUCUCCUCCUGAUUUUGUCAGUUCAAAGUGAGUACUCAGUGAGUACCUCUCCUACCCAAGACAUUUUUGAGCCCGAGAUAUUUUGGUCAAAAAUAGUUCGUCGCCAUCUUUGGUCGCUAGCACGCGACGUCACAAAGGGGGACAAGAGAUUAAAGGGAGAUAACUGUCCAGCUCUUUUUAUUAAGAAUCCAUUUUAAAAUAGUUCUUUUACUCUUCUUUUAACACAGUAUUUUCAUUUGAAACUAAUUGUUAGUUGUCUUAGACUGUUGUCAGGGCUGUUUGAAGGGUGCACCAUCCCAUACGAUGACCUUAUCGUGGUGUUAGAACUUAGCUGUUUUUGUUGACCUUAAAGCUGUUACGUUGACCUGGUCACCUCCCGCCGACAGUGUGAUCGUUUGUUGGAUUCUGUUGAGACAAUUACUGUGGAUUUGGGCUGAAACCAGUAUGCAUUAUUUACUCAUUUGUACAGUAUAUUGUUACCUAAUUUUAUUGAACGUUCUCACCUGCUUCUUCUGGGUGUCAGCGCGAGAGAAGGCAUUGUGUGAUGGGAACUUUCAGUGCCUGAACCUCUGAUGACGUCACAGAUACACUUUGUAGCGUGUCAAAGGUCGCGACCUUGUCAGGCGGUUUUCCAAUGUUGCCUGUGAAUUUUAUUUCUAAUUCUUUUUGCAUUAUAGAGUGAAUGAGAGUUUGGUUUCAACUGUCGAGAUUAACUGUACCUGAAAGACUGAGACUGUACGUGAGAGACUGAGACACGCCAUUUCAGCCAAAUGUUUCCUCGCUUUAUUCAUCCGAACUUCAUUACAUGUCACCCAUCCAUCCUCAUUCUCAGUCACCAAAGGACGUCGCAAGAACGUUUUGUGAUGUCGCCAAAGGAUACCACGAGAACAGGUCCAAGAUGUUUUUGUGACAAAGACCAAAAACCAAUCAAGCAAGGUCGUCUUCGGCAACUUGUUAUAAAUGUACAUACUUUAUUAUUAAUUGUAUGAUACAACAGUUUGUGUAGUGUAGUCUAUUACAAUGUGUGUAUAUUGAUUAUUAUAGGCAACAGUCGGUCUGUCAUAUAAUAGAGGGUUAAGCUGAUUUGUGUUUUCUGUUCUGGUUUCUGCCACUGUUGAGAAACUACACCACAGAAAUGCUUGUAUUUUCUAUAAAUGUCGUUUGUUGACUUUUUGAAACUCAUUUGCAUUGAGAUUAGUCUUGUCCGCAUUUUUAUCUUUUGGAAAAGAGGUUUGACAUUUGUUCUGAAUCUUGCUACAUGGGAGGCAACUGUAGCACGGAUGUUUUAUGGGGAUAAUCCGCUGGAGUCCUGACAACUUGUUUUGUACACAAGCCUCGCAUGGUCGUAUGGCGUGUUUGCAGGUCUGUCCAGUGUGUGGCGAGCUUACAAUAGUUCGUGUAGCUGGCUACCAAGCACAGGGCCAUGCCAUAGGCUCGGGCCCAAGCUUCCAGGGAAGUAACCCGAAAGGUCAAGUGAUCGGUUGCUAGGGUCGCCAGCAGAGAAAAACUAGACUCCCCGUAUUUUAGGAAUAUGAGUUUUGUUUUUGUUUGUUUUGUGUUAUUUUAUGGGGGUUUGUUUGUUUGUUUUUUGGUUUUCUAACAGAAGGUUUAGAGCUUGAGCGUACACGCGGAUGUUUGUGCUUGGGUUUUUUGUUUGUUUGGUUUUUUUUUUUUUUUUUUUUUUUUUUUUUUUUUUUUUUUUUUUGUUCUUGCCUCAUUAAUAUUUCCUUGUGUCUUGUUUUCGAUUUAUCUUGAGCCAUGGAGCAGAUCACUUUAAAAAGGAAGAGGUGUAAGGAGUUUUAGUACCAUUAUUGUCAUUAGGUGCGAUCUGUAUUUUUAUCGCUCUUAUUCUCACCAUGGGCGCAACUCGCACGGCGUCUCAAAUAAAACAAAAAUAAAAUACUGCUGGUGCUGUUUCAGAUCUCUUCCCCUUCCACCUCUUGUUCAGCUCUGUUUGAUGAGUCCAUUAAUUUUUAAAAGGGUUGGGUGGUGUAACUUUGUAUUAGAGAAAAGUGAUUUGGUAUGGACACCUGUUGAGUUGGAUAUUGUAAACACGUGUUUAUACUCCGAGCUGUGUGUUCAGCAAGUUCGUAGAUUUCAGGGAGAGAAAGAUAUUGAUGUUCACACGGAGAAAAGGCUGUUUCAGGUUGUUCUUCAUGCAUAAGAUGCAUCUGUGCUGACCUCAUUUUUUUGUUGUUACCUUCUCUUCACUGUAAAGUCCGAUGGUCAUUGUAGACAGGUCUGGUCUGUUCUCUCGUCCCACUGGUUGAUUCCGUCUUCUUUCCUUUUUCUAUACCUCCUGCUUGUCUUUCGUCUGGCCUUUCUGUAUUCCAGAUCUUGUCAGUCUAGGCAUCUGAUUGCAGGUGUUGUUCGCUACCUGUACUAGUACAUUUGUUCUUCGUUGUUUUGCUCGCAGAGCAAUCCUAUAUUUCUAGUUUUCCACUGGGAUUCAUUUUUGUCUACUUUGUAUGUUGUAGAGGGUGAAUGGGUCAUUUAAAACCUUGACACUGCCCUGGGAUAGUUUACUAGGUUGUUUUUCAUCUAUAACUGUGAAAAUUCAAACCGGGAAAUUCGAACUAUUCAGACAUACUUUGUCGACUUGUUUCACAAACAAACGCUUUUUUAAUGUCGGCGUUGUACACACUGUAGUCAUAACUGCGAUCAUUGUGUAUGUUGCUGUGUGUCUGUCAUCAGCCCAGUAUUCACAGUCUUACUCAUGUUGCAUCUUCCGUUUCAGAUUUUGUUCUUUUAAAAAAUAUAAUAUUGCAAAAUGUUUAGAAAAUCAGAUGAUUCGUCGUUGUCAAACCCUUGUUUGCUCACGUAGUACGUUCUUUUUAUAUGUAAGGACGGUAGCGUGUAGCCUACAACUGAUUUUUUUUUGUCCUAAACAUUUUGCCAAUUUUUUUCUGUUGACUUAUUUCAGGUUUAUAAACAUAGAUUUUUACAUGUGUUGUUUACAACGAGAGGUAUACAAUAAAUUCAUCGUUUCGUAUUCAUGGCAAGAAUCCACUCUUGGCCCGCCUACGAGUUUCUAUCAAAAUAAUGCAGACACAAAUAUUUAGUGUUUCCGCAAUGUGUUUUUUGAUAUUGUUUUGAAAACUUUCUUUACAAUUCUCACACCAUGUUUAUAAACGGAAUGAAAGUAGUUUUUGCUUUUUUUCUCGUUGUUUAGUUUUAAUUUAUUCUUAUAUCUUCAUAUGUGCAAUUUAGGAAGCUUGUGGAUACCUUUGUGCAUAAUUUGAAAGAGUCGUUCUGGCCAAUGACGACAAUUUUUUUAGAUUUUUGUUCUAUUAACAAGAAAAAGCAUUUGUACCUGAUGUCCCCUCAGUGGUGGUGUUGCUUGUGUCGAGAUGUGCAUUACUACUAACUCCUCUCGUCUUGACUGUAUUUUAUUGCGGGAUGCCAUAAUACUGACUUGCUCAUUUUCUUUUGUUGUAAGCAGCGUGAGAUGUUGUACUGAUCGUGGCAGACAGGGAACACAAGCGCCACCACCCAUAGUAGCUGAGAGUACCUAGUCCUUUUCUUUCCGUACAUAGCAAUAUCGGAGUUCUCGUUACACCAUCUUUAACGGCUUUCAUAGCAAGAAUUAGCUCAUUGGAAGUGAAAUCACAACAAUUAGUCCUUGUCACAUUCAAUUAUGAAACUUGCAGCUCUCGUGGGUCUAGUCGUGAAGGUGUAGCAGCUACGAGUCUCCAUGUCCUGCCUGAGUGGAAUGAGUCGUUGAUAACCCAAUGUUUUUGAUGGCGUCUUGUGCUUCGGCUUGUCUUCACACUCGUCUUGUACCGUUUCCACUUUCUGGACCAUUAAAUCUGAUUUUGUAA